CCCAGUUCCCGCCGGUGCGCGCGGAGGUGGUCUACUGGCGCGCGGCUUCCGAGCCGCUCGCGUGGCUGUUGCUGACGGACGUUCGCGGUCGCGCGCGGCGACCGUUGGCAGGCAGGCGGUGUGAGGCGGCGCGCGGCGGAGCUAGGGGUACUGGCGAGCGGGCGCUCGCGCAGCUGUGAGGUACCGCGGCGGGCUCUUCUCCACAGGCGCCACUGAGCCCGAGCGGAGCCGCCGCGGCAGAGGAACGGAGAGAGCAGCAGGAGCGCAGAAGCUGAAGGUACGGAGACGCAUCUGUUGCUGUUGAAGAUCCUUCCCCAAAAAUUUGUAGGCUUUCUGACAUCGGAACCGGCUCUUUGAUCUAUGUUUGUUGUAUCAUUCCAUCCUGGUCAGCAAGUGGGGCCCAUUCACCCAGACUGUUUGAUGACCAGAUGCCUUCUUCAAGUGGUGGAGAACAUGGAAAAUAUCAAAAAGCAGGUCUUAUUUACUCAGUAGGAAGAAGAGUUAUAAUCUGUGAUUACUUCAAAGAAGUAGGGAAGAGCUACACGUGACAGCAGCUGCCAUUUUUUGAGGACAUGAUCCAUCCUGCCAGAUGUCUUUAUCACAAAACAGUAUAUUUUCUUCAUCACCACGACAACGCACUUCACUCCAGUAAACAGGAAUAAGGCCCAAUCCAGAAAAUGAAUUCCCAAUGCCAACAGUGGAAGAACUUAUUCACGUACACAGAGCAAAAGAUAGCACAAGAGAUAACUUGUGCAUAUCAGAAACUCUUUUCCCAAGAAUUAAAAUUGAAAGAAAUCUGAAACCCUUUGCAUCUCUGGCAGAAGCCUCGGGAAAGACGUUUGAAAAGCACAGAGUUCUCACUGUGGACACGUACCAUUAAAUAAAGAAAACAGCCUUUCCCUCGCCACCCACUCCCCUAAAGAACCCUGGGUGACGUCUGGUCCCUAUUGAAGUGGAAAACACACUACUGCUAUCAGUUGGUUUACAGCUGCAUAUAGGAACACCAGUGUUUUAUGAAGGGUAGCAGCAUUCCUAUCAGAAUGUUCAUCUCAUAAGAAAAUAUGAUAAAGAACCAGCUUCUAUCAUACAGAAGAAAAAACACACAAGAUGAUGUUAAAGGUGUUCCAACAUGGGAUAGUGCCACAGAAAGGCCCUGCAUUGAUAAUUCCUCUCUGUUGCCUUGGAGUCAAUUAGCCUGGAAGAGGAAGGGUUCUGCUGAUCAGCACAGGAGGAAGAGAACAGAUGAGUAUGAUGAAUCUUGCAAAACACUUCAGGCAAAGCUUUGAGUCUGCCAACAUGGCCGACCCGUCACGCGGCCGCCGCAGCCGCCCCAUUGGAAGAGGGGACGGAAGUGACGCACCAGCGGGAGCCCGGUGGAGCGGGGUGGCGGACGCCGGCUGCACGGCGAUGAACAGCCGCCUGCAGGAGAUCAGGGAGCGGCAGAAGCUCCGGCGGCAGCUUUUGGCGCAGCAGUUAGGAGCUGAAAACGCCGAUAGUAUUGGUGCCGUGCUGAACAGUAAAGAUGAGCAGCGGGAGAUCGCUGAAACCAGAGAAACGUGUAGGGCUGCUUACGAUACUUCUGCACCAAAUGCAAAACGCAAAUACCCAGACGAGGGAGAAGCUGAUGAGGAAGAGAUUGAAGAAUAUAAGGAUGAAGUAGAGCUGCAGCAAGAUGAAGAGAAUCUGCCUUAUGAAGAAGAGAUUUACAAAGAUUCCAGUACUUUUCUUAAGGGUACUCAGAGCUUAAAUCCACACAAUGAUUACUGUCAGCACUUUGUGGAUACGGGACACAGACCCCAGAACUUCAUCAGAGAUGUUGGCUUAGCAGAUAGGUUUGAAGAAUAUCCAAAACUUAGAGAGCUCAUCAGAUUGAAGGAUGAGCUGAUAUCUAAAUCUAACACUCCUCCCAUGUACUUACAAGCGGACUUGGAAGCUUUUGAUAUUAGGGAACUGAAGUCCAAAUUUGAUGUGAUUCUCCUGGAACCACCUCUGGAAGAAUACUACCGAGAGACUGGCAUUACUGCCAAUGAAAAAUGCUGGACCUGGGAUGAUAUCAUGAAAUUGGAAAUUGAAGAAAUUGCAGCCCCAAGGUCAUUUGUGUUUCUAUGGUGCGGUUCAGGCGAGGGUCUGGAUCUUGGCCGAGUGUGUCUACGCAAGUGGGGUUACAGAAGAUGUGAGGAUAUUUGUUGGAUUAAAACAAAUAAGAACAAUCCCGGAAAGACCAAGACUCUAGACCCUAAGGCUGUUUUCCAAAGAACCAAGGAGCACUGCCUCAUGGGCAUUAAAGGAACUGUGCGUCGCAGUACAGAUGGUGACUUCAUCCACGCUAAUGUUGAUAUUGACCUAAUCAUCACAGAAGAGCCCGAAAUUGGAAACAUAGAAAAACCUGUAGAGAUUUUUCACAUCAUUGAGCAUUUCUGCCUUGGACGACGACGUCUUCAUCUUUUUGGAAGGGACAGUACAAUUCGACCAGGUUGGCUGACUGUAGGACCCACCCUCACAAACAGCAAUUUCAAUGCAGAAACGUAUUCUUCGUACUUCACAGCUCCAAAUUCCCACCUGACCGGCUGUACCGAAGAGAUUGAGAGACUUCGGCCCAAGUCACCACCACCUAAGUCCAAGUCUGACCGGGGAGGUGGUGCUCCAAGGGGAGGAGGAAGAGGAGGGACUUCAGCAGGCCGAGGAGAAAGGGGCAGAGAGAGAAACAGAACUAACUUUCGGGGUGAGAGGGGUGGCUUCAGAGGGGGACGUGGAGGUACCCAUAGAGGAGGCUUCCCCACCCGCUGAUGAUUGCUAAGUAAUUGCUUCUUCCCCUGGUCCUAUGCCUCCUCUCUGAAUCUUUUUCUUAGUCUUUAUUUUCUAAAGCGAAUUAUUCUGGGGACUCAAGCUAGAUAACUUUUUAAAUUGUUUUUGGUGCAAGCAGUUACAGAUAGUCUGCCUUCCAGUGACCGGCCUGGCACAUCGCCUCACCUGGCAGGUAGGUCCUGCACCUGACAGCACUAAACUCAGCCUCCUGACAGCUGCUCUUUGUCAAAGCAGAGAGCACCAUCUCUUCAAACCAUGGAAAGGAUUGAAGUGGAGAUCCUUGCUUUUCCGUUAUGAAACUUGCAAGUUGUGGGCUUUAUUAACUGUCACUUUCUCAAAAACAUGGAUUUCUCUUCCUUCUUUGGGGGUUCAGGUUUGGGCUGACAUGUGGGUUAGUAUGAUGGAGUGGGCAUGAAAUGCGGUUCUGAACAGCAUGGCCAUAGCAGACUUACUCUCUUAUUCAUGGAAGAAAAAAAUGCUGUGUCUAUUUUGACACCUAUUUUAACUUCUCUGAAGCCAAGGAGCAAAUUGAAUAAAUAGAAUUCUAUUUUUUUUUUCUUACUUGGUUUAAAUUUCCCGAAUUAUUCCCGGGAAUAGGGAACCAGUUUAUUUUUCAUUUGUGGUGUAUAUGUGCCCACUCUUCAUGUCUGUAGUAGGGAGAGUGGUAAUUCUGUGCAGUAAUGUGUUGUGCUUCAUGGAAAGCAAGAAGUUGUGCGUUUAUAUGCAGUCCAGAGCUGCUACAUGGGCCUGCAUUAAUUCUUGAGUAGGGAUUUUUCACCCAGCGUCUGUUCGUAAUAGCCUUGUUCUUUGGUAGGGGAAACCAGUUUUAUUGCAGAGCGAUUGCAAUGUAAGUAGUAGAAGGACCUCAUCGGAGAUCGUAUUGGAAGUGUGGGGCAAUGUUGUAAGAGUGAGUGCUUUCUGAAGCUUACCACCUGGGUAAUGAGGGCGCAGUAAUAAAACUGAAUGUUUUGCUUUGCUCGUGGACGUUACGUGCAUUGGAACUAAGACUGCUGGUGAUCAGCUCCAGAGUACAGCAUGAGAAGGUGGUGAUUCACUUUGGUAUGUACAACAUGUUUUUAGCAAAACUGCAACUCUGAGCUUCUUGGUCAAUACUUGGUAGACUGAACAAACCUGACUGUUGAAGUCUCAAAAACUUAGGUGUUGGAAAAUUGACUUCUGAGUCUCAUGUUUCUCUAUUGAAGCCUAGCUUUUAAAUGUGUCCUGUAAAGUAGUGGAUUAUUAAACUUGUUCAUCAAA